GGGGCGCGGCUCCUCGGGCAUGGCCCGCGCCCUGCUGCUGCUGCCGCUGCUGAUGGCGGGUGCCUGGGUGGGCCCGCGGUCGCCGGCGGCCCGGAGCCAGGAGGCGCCGCAGACCCCAGACUGGAGGAUGACGCUGAAAACUAUCCGGAACGGCGUGCACAAGAUCGACGUUUACCUCAACGCGGCGCUCGACCUCCUGGGCGGCGAGGACGGCCUCUGCCAGUACAAAUGCAGCGACGGAUCAAAGCCCUUUCCUCGCUAUGGAUAUAAGCCUUCGCCACCAAGUGGUUGCGGAUCGCCUCUAUUUGGAGUUCAUUUUGACGUUGGUAUCCCUCUGAUGACAAAGUGCUGCAAUCACCAUGAUAGAUGUUAUGAUACUUGUGGCAAUAAAAAAAACGACUGUGAUGAGCAGUUUCAGUCCUGCCUCUCCAAAAUCUGCAGAGAUGUGCAGAAAACACUUGGAAUAUCAGAGAAUGUACAGGCUUGUGAAUCAAUUGUUCAGCUGUUGUUUGAUGCAGUUAUACACUUAGGAUGUAAGCCGUACCUUGACAGCCAGAGAGCUUCAUGUAUGUGUCGCUAUGAGGAUAAGACGGAUCUCUGAAAGGCAUGCAUGUCCUGCAGUUUGGAAUGAAGUAAAACAACUGGAAUGAAGCAAAUGUUUUACACUUCUCAGGCCUGACACAAAUGCUCUUUUUUUUUAAAAAAAAAAAAAAAGAGACUAUCACGAAGUCAUCCAUAAAGGAGAAGGACCAAUGCAUGAAGGGCAGGUGCAUGAAGGCCAGCUUCAGCCCCAUCACCCAGGAGAUCUCGAUGAAGAGACUUAACCAAAGACCAGGUCAGAGUCAACAGCCAGAUGGAAGUCACCACUGUAUUCCAGGUCCACCUUGAAGUUCAGCUCUUUGGGGCACCUCUCCUCCUUGCAGACCACCAGCCAGAUGAGUCUGAUGGCUUUGAAGAUGGGCAGGAUAUUGCCCAGAUAUAUGUCCCUGAAGCUGAGCUUCUCCAGCACCUUCCCUGUCAAUUUGGUCUGGAGCAGCUUCUCAAACUCCACCUUAAUCUUAUUCAUCACCCAGUUCCUGACUAGGGCCAUGUCCCUGAGCUCCCUAAAGAGAAAGAGGAAGAUGGCAUUGAGGAGGUGGCAUAUCUUGUUGCUGGAGGUGGGAUCUGGAGGGGGUUCUGGCUGCUCUGGUAGCAUAGCGCUGGGCUCCAGCACUGAUGCUGGGACUGACUCUGGGGCUGCCUAGCUGCCUGGUGUAUACGAGGCCAUCUUCAGCUCUGGCCACUCUGGGAGGCUCCAGCAUUUUCCUGUAGAGGAAGCAGGAGCAUGAGGAAGCAGCUGGCCAGCACCAAGAACAAGAUGUCAUACACCAGCAGCAUUGUUGCCUCGAGUGCACCAACCCUCACGGCAUAACCUUGAGAGGUGCCCCUGCUUGAGGGGAGAUCCUGUUCCUGCAGCCCAGUGCCAUGCAGGCAAGCUUGAGAAGCUGUUUGUAAUGCUCACCAGUUGUGGGGUAAGAUGAAUGACUUACAGUCAUACUUUGUUUUUAGGUGCAUGCUCAGUUGGCACUCAGCUGCUGAACCAGGUGUCUUCUAUCCAUUCUUUCAGCCUCCCAGUUUGAGACAGAUUUGUGGUUGUUAAGCUGUCUUAGUGUUACCAGUACUGUUGCUCAUUGUCUUCCUUUGCAAGGCCUUAUGUACAAGGCCUUAUGUACAAGGCCAGGCUGAAGGAGGAGGUUGAGAGAAAGAAAGAAGAGGUGGUGGGAGCACACUAUCACAUGAGUACCGUCCCUGCGGUGGGAGUAGGGAGACUGGAGGUUUUCAGGAAAUAUGUAGAUGCAGCACUUAGGGACAUGGUUAUGUGAGCAAGGUGGUGGUGGGUUGAUGGUUGGACUAGAAGAUCUUGGACGUCUUUUCCAAUCUUAAUGACUUAUAUUAAAUAUUGACAUGAAUGUAUUGGUUUGAAAGUCACUACGCUAUUCUUCGUGUUUAAAAAAUAGAAAAAAAAGUGUUAAGUCUUCCUUAUCUUCUCCUUUACGCUACAAGCUUGGAAACUGAAAUUAGACUCCUUUGGUGUAUGUACAUUCGGGGUAUGCUAUUGUAAAACACAAGUGCUUUUUCAAUUAAAAAUAAAUAAGGAAGCUGCAUAGUAGUGAAGUCAGAGGUGCAGAAGAGCUGAAUCUCAGAUUAUUUUUAAUAUAGGCCAAGUGUUAGGUUUACAAGCAGCUGAGGUAUCUGAAAGAUAACAAUAGGAAAGAGAGUUCUGAAGAGUUAAAAUGGUACCUUGAAUAGCCCUUCACUUUGAAUAGGUACCUUCAGAUCUCUCUGAUUGUACUCUGUCCUGUGGGUUUGUUUUAAAACAAAACAAAAAGCCCUAAGCAAGGUAUAUAUCUGCACUACAUAUUUCUACCUGAUCCAGUAAUGAACUUACUCCCUCAGCACUCUUCAGAUCACUAUGUUUAUACUUUUAAGGAUCAACUCCUAAAGUGAACAGGUUGUGACCUCAGGAUAUACUUUUGAUUUGACAAAAUGCUGGAAUGUGGUCAUAAUGUUACAUUAAGUUUAGAAAGGAUUGAAGUGUUUAUUUUUCAAAUAAAACAUUGCAUUGUGUAUUAUAUGUGUAGAAAGGAUAUAUUAUUCAAAGAGGUUGAUUUAUAUUUGUCUCAGGGCACAACUUAGUUACUGUAUUCAUCUUUGCUUUCAUUUAGUCCAUUCUGAUUGAAAACUAGAAGAAGAUUCUGCAGAUAGGGUCAGCAUGCCCAACAAACCUUUUUAUUUAAAAUGCCCUCUGUGAUGCUGACAGAACUUUGAGUCUUUACUUCUGUCACCUUUUCCCAUGACCUCUGUGAGGCUGACAGACAUCUGAGCCUUUAUUUCUGUCAUCUCUUCCAUGACUGCUCCAGCUGAAAUCAUCUGAUGUCUGAAUUAUUUGGGGUUUGCCUUCUGUACUGAUCUUCUGUUGCUCAUCUCCAGUUGUCAGACCUCAGUUAACUUCUGCAUUCAGUCCUGUCCUGCUGUCCUGAUUUGCCUUAGAAAUUCACAGAAUACAGCUGAAAAUCAAAAUAUUGCAUCCAUGAACAGGGAGAAUAAGCUAUGCCUAAAGUUCACUUAACUCACGGAUUGCAAUGUGAUUUCUUUUCUGGAAGUAUUUUUAUAUGUUUUUGCUUUACUACUUUUUUGUGGUAUUUUUGUUUUGUUUUUCACUGAAGCUUAUGGUACGUGACACAAUAUAAGUGUCUCCUAAAAUAAAAUUCCUGCCAAAGUUC